AUGUCGAUAUUCAAUACAAUUCAAGAUUCUGCUUUUAAUAUAUAUUAUAAAUUAAGAUUUUCAUGGAUAACAGACUAUCAGCCAAAGGAGUUGUUACUGCCUCCACCUCCAACCACCUCCACAACACAGUCGUCUGAUAAUCGUAGUAGAGUGAUCUCUUGGAUUACAUAUCUACGAUCACAUUCCUCGGCUGUCACCAGUACACCUGCAUAUAUAUUCAAUCAUAAACUACAGCUACUCUUGGUAUCGCUUGGUGGCAGUGUUGGCUAUCUCUACUACAAAACAAAUCGAACACACUAUGAAUCACAAAUAAAAUUAGCUGAUGAACGAAUAACAACAUUUUUUAAGAAUACACAAGCAACAUGUGAUCAAACAACCAUACUUUUUAUAACAAAGAAUCUUGAAGACAAUCUAAAUAAGACUGUUAUUACACCAACUAUCAGUGAGAUUCGUUCGGCUUCCACUCCAGAGAUAAAACAAGAUCUAACUGACAAGCUAAAGAUAUCAAUUGUAACAAAGAUAACAUCAACAUUAUAUUUAAUGCCUUUAUUAUUAUUAUUCAUUCGUGUACAGAUCAAUUUGGUCGGUAGAUAUUGCUAUCUCGAGAGAAUCGUUAGACAAUCGGUCAGUGAAGACACCGAAACCACAAAGCGGCCAAUCAGCACAGAGACAGAGAACAAAUUCUUUUCAAUAUCAAAACAUAUCAUCGAGAAGAGAUUCGAUGAAUUUGUAAAUGUAAUCAAUGAACAAGUUACAAUUGUUUUGAAAGAUUAUAAAUUAGAUCAACUUUUAGGAUUUGAAGAUUUAUUAAGAAUAUUUAUAAAGAUAAGAGAUAGAUUCGAGAAACCAGAGGUAUUUGCUUCGAUUAACAAUAGAAAUUGUCUUGCUCGCUACUUGAUGCCAGACGAGGACAAAGAGUUCUUGCUGCUGAACGAAGCGAUGAAUAUAUUUGAAGAUAAGGAUUUCUAUCAGGUUAUCAGUGAGAGCAUCAACAACUCAUUCCUUUUGUUCUACGAGAAUGUCAGAGGUGAUUUCCAACCGUCCUCUUCAACAGUGGCAGAUAUGGCAACACUAUCCACUUCGGAACCUCCUAAACUUCACCUCAUCGCUUUAAUACCUAAACUAAACAAACAAUUGGAUCGAUUGAUCAACAGAGACCAAGCAAAGACAAUCAAUCAACUAGUAGAUCAAACAGAUAUCAUAAACAAAGCAAACAAAUUAAUACUAACCAAUAAUAUGGAUUUAAAUAAAUUGGUUAAAUGA